UCAUCAUGGCGGAUACUCACACGCUCAGCAACAAUAACCAUGUCCCCAUUUUAUUUUCUUUUUCUGUCUUUUCGCGACCAUCGUCUGUCCCCAUCGGCUCUGGCUAUGAAGUGCUUACCCAGAAGUUUCUAUCUAUAUACGGUUCUCAAAUCGACGUGCAUCGUAAAUUUUUGAUUCAGGUGUUCUCCGAGGAAUGGGGACAGUACAUUGAUUUGCCGAAGGGAUUUGCGGUAUCGGAUAAAUGCAAGCUUCGAUUAGUUCCUCUUCAGAUGGAUAUCGCAACACUGGGCAAUCUUUCUCCUGCUACCACUGUUUUCUUCUGCUGUGACAUGCAGGAACGAUUCAGACCUGCCAUCAAGUAUUUUGGUGACAUCAUAAGUGUGGGGCAGAGACUGCUCCAGGGGGCUCGUAUUCUGGGGAUUCCUGUCAUUGUAUCAGAGCAGUACCCCAAAGGCCUGGGCAGCACUGUGCAGGAGAUGGAUUUGAGUGGGGUCAAGAUGGUCUUCCCCAAAACCAAGUUCUCCAUGGUGCUUCCAGAGGUGGAGGCUGCCCUGGCUGAGGUUCCAGGAGUUCGAAGCAUUGUGCUCUUUGGAGUUGAGACACAUGUAUGUAUUCAACAAACGGCUCUGGACCUGAUUGGGAGGGGUUUUGAAGUACACAUUGUAGCUGAUGCGACAUCCUCCAGGAGCAUGAUGGACAGAAUGUUUGCACUAGAGCGUCUUGCUCGUACUGGGAUCAUCGUCACCACCAGCGAGUCCAUCCUUCUGCAGCUUGUGGCCGACAAAGAUCAUCCUAAAUUCAAAGAGAUCCAGAACAUCAUUAAGGCCAGUGCUCCCGAGUCAGGACUGCUGUCCAAAGUUUGAGCAGAACACGUCGUGCUUGCGUUCACCCGGUUCCCAUUUCUGAAGCCGCCUCUAAAAUAGCUCUUAAAAAUUCUACAGAAGUUGUUUAGAUUUGAUGCAUGAAUUUGCUCAUUAAGAUUUUCAGAUGUAUAUUUAAUAAUGUAUCACAGUUUGUUCCAACAUUGUUUUUCUUUGUGGACAGGUAAAAAUGGUGGUGUAUUUAGGUGACUGUGAAUUGUGGCAUUUGCUCUUAGAUGUCUGUUUGCUUGGCAAAAAAUGUAAUAGUUUACCUUAAGCUGCACAAGUGUUUAUUGGAUGCAUUGUUUUUGGGGGAAAAAACCCAUUUUGAAACAAAUUAAGUCAGAAGAAUAUCAUGCCGUUUAACAUUUAAGGACACUGAAGUUUUAAAGGUAGACAGCCAUGAAAAUGGACAUGAUAGAUGUGUGUCCUUACUUUAUGAGCCUUUAAACAUUUUCUCCUGCUAGACUUUUAGAAAACACUACCCCAAACCCAAGUGUCCACUUAGAAUCUGUUUAACAGUCAUUUUAAAUUUUUAUGGCCAAGUAGGUUGGGAUAGGUUCAUUACAGUGUUGCAGUAAUGACCCAUGUUGAGUUGCUUGUAAAAAUUCAAGACUCUUGGGUGGUGAAUUGAAGGUACAUUUGACAAAUUAAUGAACCAUAGAAGCAUAAGUCGGGCUACUUUAGUUUGUUCAAUUCUUGAUACCUAUUAGAGGAACACUUAGAAUUUGGGUAGUACUAUUUUCCUGUGGUGUAUUGCUUCAAUAGGGCUAAGUAGGGAGUGAAAUAAACGUAUAAGGGACUGUUGUUUAAAAAAAUAAAUAAAUAAAAAAUCCCAACCUGUUAUCACCUAAACAGCUUCUAUUUCCCUUAAAACCUCAGCAACAAUUUGUGCUUUUCUUUUUUUUUUCAUGACAGAAAACCUAUAUUCUCAGCUGACUGUAUGUUACUGCAUUGAAGUCCUCUGAGAGACGAGUGCUGAUACCAAUAGCAGACUACCUCUCAAGUUACUCAUUUUCUCAAACUUGUGAACAUUUGUUGCAAGUUAUUAACAUCCUCCUAAAAUCAUAACUGUCAUUGUAUAUGAAUGCUGCAUUAAGAAAUGUAAUUAUAAAAAUAAUGGUGGAAUUAGAAUGAGAGAAUUUGAAAUGGUAUGAUAUAUUCUGCAGGAUGGUUCAGGCUCAUUGACUAUCGGGGAAGUUAAUCAAAGCUAAAAAAAUGUGCUUCACAUGUUAAUGUUCAUAAAUUCCUUUAGUUUUAACUUAACCUUGAAAAGUGUUUAUUGUCUAUUGUCUUUUUUUUUUGUUUUUUGGUUUCUGUGUUUUCUGUUUGACUUUGUGCACAAACGCCCAAGCAGCACUAGUCAUGCACUGUAUAUAUAAGCCUGUAUAGACUGUAGGUCUAUUAGGUCUGUAUAGACUGUAGGUCUAUUAGGUCUGUAUAGACUGUAGGUCUAUUAGGUCUGUAUAGACUGAAGGUCUAUUAGGUCUGUAUAGACUGAAGGUCUAUUGGGUCUGUAUAGACUGUAGGUCUAUUGGGUCUGUAUAGACUGUAGGUCUAUUGGGUCUGUAUAGACUGAAGGUCUAUUGGGUCUGUAUAGACUGUAGGUCUAUUGGGUCUGUAUAGACUGAAGGCUCCCCACUGCCCUUCCCUUCACUCUGUCAUUCCUUUUGUUACAUAUUUUAAUGAUCUGAAUGCACCAGCUUUUCUCAGACAUGGUUUUCUCUCUUUUGAUUUAUAUUAAAACCUUUAUUACUGUUUUCAUUUGCAAAAAAGGCAUGCAAAGACUCAGCCCCACAUUGCAUAAAAACUUUGGUAUGGCGGCAUUUUGUAAUUUAAUAAAAAAAUAAAAUCAAUCACUAGUUGAAAAUAUCUGGUAGAUUCUGCAGCUACAGUUGCUGUCAAACCCUGUGAGGGAAAGGCAGGAAAAUGCAGCCGUUUUUGUUCUUUGAUGACACGUGUUUAUUUUGAAGAAAACUGAAUGAAUAAGCAAGGUGUUAGUUUUCAGUAUUCACAUUGAUUAUAGGAGUGUUCAUAUUAAAAAAAAAAAACAACUUAUUACCAUAGCAAGGACUUUUGUAAAAAGUAAAAAAAAAAAUAAAAAUAAAAAAAAAGUCACAUGGAACGUUACUGCCACAUGAUGUUCACUGUUGUAAAUUACAUGGGAGAAAAUGGCAUAUAGUAAUGGAAAAGCAGACUCAAUGAUCAGGAUGAGGGAAGGCCUAUUUUGAGUUCCUCAUGAAGAGUAGCAUAAAUUUUAGUAGUUAUGAUGGUAUGAAAAGUCCCUGUAGUUUCAUCAUUAAGACUUUGUUCUGAUAAUCAAGGCAGUAAGUACAUAGUUCCAGUCUGAAUGAUAAUUCCUUGUCUCUGCCAUGGGUGAUGGUCAUCACACUGAGCAUGCUGUCCUGCACCAUUUCUCUCUUUUUUUUUAAAUGUGUCUUACACAUAUUUCAUUGCAAACCUCCUGACAAAUUGACUCAUUGAGACUAUUAAGUAUAUCCAAAGUAAGGGAAAAACUGUAUGUAAAACUCCUACUGGUAGUAUGAAUAUCUUGGUAAAACACAGGAAUAUGUAGUGCCUAUUUAUGAAAGUCCAUACUGAUUGUAUUUCCAGAUAGCCUAUUCUUGAUGUGACAAAAUAGGCUUGUUAACACUACUGUGUAAGAGCAUCUACAUUUUUGUAACAGCUAAUGUGGUGUGUGAAAUGUUUAUAUGAAAUACUGUAAGUUUUGUAAAUGCAAGCAUUAUUGAUCUAUUGGGUAAUUGCCCCAUAGAUCAAAGCUCAAAGGAAAUAAGUGGGUAAAGAAUCUAUGAGAUAAAAGUUAUUUCUAAACCUUCA